CAGUCAUCGUUUUAGGUGGAAUUCUCGCGAUAUUUGAUGUAGCUGAAAAUCCUAGGAGCAGAGCAGGGAACUUGACAUGUCAACAAAACAGAUACAUUAUCACCACACAGGCAUGUAAUGGUGUGGAGGUGUGGAAUAGCCUGACAGGUAACCUCACCUGGACCUAGAUCCUCCACCAGGAUCUUCACCUGCUCUAUGACAACCCCUCCGCUAGUGUCGCCUUUUGGCGGGCAGCCCCCCCUGCCCCAGCUGCAGCAGCAGGCCCAGGCAGCACGGGAUGUCAACACGGCCUCGCUGUGUCGCAUUGGGCAGGAGACGGUCCAAGACAUUGUCCUCAGGACCAUGGAGAUCUUCCAGCUCCUCAGGAACAUGCAGCUGCCUAAUGGAGUCACUUACCAACCCAACACUCACCAGGACCGUCUGGGGAAGCUCCAGGAACAUCUCCGGAUGCUCUCUGUGCUGUUCCGCAAGCUGCGCCUCGUCUACGACAAAUGCAACGAAAACUGUGCCGGGAUGGAAUCUAUUCCUCCAGAGCAACUGAUACCCUUUGUGGAGGAUGACAACUCCAAACACGAGGAUCGCUCGGCCGGCCAGAGCCGCCCCCCUACCGAGGAGAGGAGAGAAAUCCUGGAGGUCAACAAGAAGCUGAAACAGAAGAACCAGCAGCUGAAGCAGAUCAUGGACCAACUGCGCAACCUCAUCUGGGAGAUCAACUCCAUGCUGGCAGUCAGGAGCUGAGCCACACACACAAAAACACACACAGGCAUACAUUUACUACACCUAAUGGUGCAGCGGUUUGGUCGUUGACUGGAUGUGUAACAGGGUACCACAUGCUGGCUGAGGCUGCACUUUACCGAAGAAAUUGGGACUUUGGCAAUAUCAACCCGUUUCCUGAAGAAGACCUGAAACAAUGGAAGGAAAGAUUAGAGCGAGACACAUGAAGACUGAGACGAAGGUGUGGACGACGGCAGAAGAUAUUCUGUCUACCUCAAUAUCCUGUAUUUUAAUCAACAAAAUGAUAAUCUGAAGAGUUGUUAUAUUAUCUAUUUGUAGCUACUAGCUCAGUAGAGGGUGUAUGCCUGAAGAAAUACAUUGAUAUAUUCUAUUUAAUCUUUUAUCAUAGUUUUAGAACUUUGUGAAGCCCUACAUUAAGAAAAAUGAUUUUAUAUGGCCCUUAAAAACUUUAAAAAGAAGGAGAAACACUAUGGCAAAAAUAAUGAGUCUAAUUCUGACUAUUGAUCUGAUUUUAUUUGUUUGAUCUGAAUGUGUGAGAUAUGUAAACUCAUCUAUGCUCUUCUCUGAUUGGACAUUUCAAUACAUGCCUUGUAAAGGAUUCUGCUGAACUAUAAAUCUUCCUGUGAUUUUUUAAAAACUCAGUGCUGUUUUGUGAUUUUUGUUCGCUGUUGUUUAUCCCGUCUGUAUUCAUCCAGCAUCUCAGUCACUCUUAGGAAUACUGCUAAAAGAUCAUUUCUUAUUACUAUAACAAUGUACCGGACGAGACCAGCUUUUCAUUACUCAAUGGUGGACAAAUAAUGUUUCAAAAUGACCUUAAACCAAGUCUGUAAUGCAUGUAUGUUACACUUCCAGCAUAUCCCUCACUCCUAACACACUAAGUUAACGUUUAUCUAUGUGAGACACUUUUUUAGAUUUCUGGUGUGUGUUUUCUUGUGGAAUUAAAACCUGUAUUUUAA